CGUGCCACACGGUGCGGCCAAAAAAAAAAAAGUAGAUGUAAACAGGGGCAAAUACUUCAUUGCUGGCAGUGCCCCACCUUUCCGUGAUGCCCCCUUUGUAUUGCACCUGUGCAGGCAGCAGAAGAUUGAGGAGUGUUCUGGGCCUAAGGAGUUUGUUUUGACCUCACAGAAGCUGAGGGUUUAAAAGGAAGACACUGUUUCCCAAUCCUCUUGUUUUGUAAGCAUCUGGCCCAUCCUCUUUACCAACACCAGCGCCCCUUCCGAAGGGGCAGCGGAGUCCUGAGAGGAGGUUGCUGCAGCCUUCCGGCCGCUGGCCUGCCCGGGAACACUCGUGGAGAGAUGGCUCUCGUGUGUGUGACAGUUGAGCUUUGUGGGGAACCAUCGCUAUUGCUGGAACCUGACAGAAACCCUAACAGAAGCCGGUUAUUGGAUCAUCUCCCUGCAGCCUCACUCCCCACUGUGUACCAGGAACCUUGCAGUAAGUGUGGCCGUCUCUCUGCUGCAGCCAUGGGGUCCGAGGAUCACGGGGCCCAGAACCCAAGUUGUAAAAUCAUGACGUUUCGCCCAACGAUGGAGGAGUUUAAGGACUUCAACAAAUAUGUGGCCUACAUCGAGUCCCAGGGGGCCCACCGGGCGGGCCUGGCCAAGAUCAUCCCCCCGAAGGAGUGGAAGCCACGGCAGACAUACGACGACAUUGACGACGUGGUCAUCCCGGCGCCCAUCCAGCAGGUGGUGACGGGCCAGUCGGGCCUCUUCACGCAGUAUAACAUCCAGAAGAAGGCCAUGACGGUUGGGGAGUACCGGCGCCUGGCCAAUAGCGAGAAGUACUGCACCCCCCGGCACCAGGACUUCGAUGACCUGGAGCGCAAGUACUGGAAGAACCUCACCUUCGUGUCGCCCAUCUAUGGGGCUGACAUCAGUGGCUCCUUGUAUGAUGACGAUGUGGCCCAGUGGAACAUCGGGAACCUGCGGACCAUCCUGGACAUGGUAGAGCGCGAGUGCGGCACCAUCAUCGAGGGCGUCAACACCCCCUACCUGUACUUCGGCAUGUGGAAGACCACCUUCGCCUGGCACACGGAGGACAUGGACCUGUACAGCAUCAACUACCUGCACUUCGGGGAGCCCAAGUCCUGGUACGCCAUCCCCCCAGAGCAUGGCAAGCGCCUGGAGCGUCUGGCAAUCGGCUUCUUCCCCGGGAGCUCCCAGGGCUGCGAUGCUUUCCUUCGGCACAAGAUGACCCUCAUCUCGCCCAUCAUCCUCAAGAAGUAUGGGAUCCCAUUCAGCCGGAUCACGCAGGAGGCUGGGGAGUUCAUGAUCACGUUCCCCUACGGCUACCACGCCGGAUUCAACCACGGAUUCAACUGCGCGGAAUCUACCAACUUUGCCACCCUGCGGUGGAUUGAUUACGGCAAGGUGGCCACCCAGUGCACAUGCCGGAAGGACAUGGUCAAGAUCUCCAUGGACGUCUUUGUGCGCAUCCUGCAGCCGGAGCGCUACGAGCUGUGGAAGCAGGGCAAGGACCUCACGGUGCUGGACCACACACGGCCCACGGCCCUGAGCAGCCCCGAGCUGAGCACCUGGAGCGCCUCCCGGGCCUCGCUCAAGGCCAAGCUCCUGCGCAGGUCUCACCGGAAGCGGAGCCAGCCCAAGAAGCCCAAGCCGGACGACCCCAAGUCUCCUGGCGAGGGGGCAGCUGGGACGGCCCUCCUGGAGGAGGCUGGUGGCGGCAUGAAGGAGGAGGCCACACCAGAGGCCGACCCCGAGGAGGAGGAGGAGGAAUCCCAGCCGCUGCCGCAGGGCCGGGAGGCCGAGGGCUCCGAAGAGGACGGGAGGGGCAAGCUGCGGCCAGCCAAGGCCAAGAGCGACCGGAAGAAGAAGAGCUAUGGCCCUCUGCACCUCCACCACCCGCUCAUGCCCCAGCUGCCGCCGCUCCCGCCCACCCAGUUCCCCACCGAAGAGGUGCCCCUGCUAGAGAUCCCGGCACCAGCCACCGGCCCUGAGGCCGCCGAGGAGAACCCCCCGCCACCACCUCUCAACGUGGUGCCCCCCGAAGCACCCAGCGAGGAGCCAGAGGUGAAGCCGCGCCCCAUCAUCCCCAUGCUGUUCGUGGUGCCGCGGCCCGGCCCGGCGGCAGGCGACAAGGGCCGCGUGUCCUGCCAGCAGGCCUCUGAGCACUUUGCCCAGAAGGGCCCCACCUGGAAGGAGCAGGUGGCCCCCAUGGAGCUGACGGGCCCCGAGGAGGAGAGCGGAGCCGGCGAGGUGCAGGCUCCGUCGACCUUUUCCAAGUUGAAGAUGGAGAUCAAGAAGAGCCGGCGCCACCCUCUGGGCAGGCCACCCACCCGGUCCCCGCUGUCUGUGGUCAAGCAGGAGGCCUCAAGUGACGAGGAAGCCUUCCCUUUCUCUGGGGACGAGGACGUGGGUGACCCCGAGGCCUUGAGGUCUUUGCUGUCCCUGCAGUGGAAGAACAAGGCGGCCAGCUUCCAGGCUGAGAGGAAGUUCAACGCGGCGGCCGCCCUGACGGAGCCCUACUGUGCCAUCUGCACCCUCUUCUACCCGUACAGCCAGUCCCUACAGACCGAGAAGGAGACUCCCCAGGCCUCCCUCGGGGAGGGCCCCUCGGCCACACCGCCUUCCAAAAGCGGUCAGAAGACACGGCCGCUGAUCCCCGAGAUGUGCUUCACCUCCAGCGGGGAGAACACAGAGCCACUCCCCGCCAAUUCCUACAUCGGCGAUGACGGGACCAGCCUGCUGAUCUCCUGUGCUAAGUGCUGCCUGCAGGUCCAUGCCAGUUGCUACGGCAUCCGCCCAGAGCUGGUCAACGAGGGCUGGACGUGUUCCCGGUGCGCGGCCCACGCCUGGACUGCGGAGUGCUGCCUGUGCAACCUUCGGGGAGGCGCCCUGCAGAUGACGACUGACAGGAGGUGGAUCCACGUGAUCUGCGCCAUCGCCGUCCCGGAAGUGCGGUUCCUGAACGUGAUGGAGCGCCACCCCGUGGACAUCAGCGCCAUCCCCGAGCAGCGGUGGAAGCUGAAAUGUGUGUACUGCCGGAAGCGGAUGAAGAAGGUGUCGGGCGCCUGCAUCCAGUGCUCCUGCGAGCACUGCUCCACCUCCUUCCACGUGACCUGCGCCCACGCCGCUGGCGUCCUCAUGGAGCCAGACGACUGGCCCUACGUUGUCUCCAUCACCUGCUUCAAGCACAAGUCGGGGGGUCACACUGUCCAGAUCCUGAGGGCCGUGUCCUUAGGGCAGGUGGUCAUCACCAAGAACCGCAACGGGCUUUACUACCGGUGCCGCGUCAUCGGCACCACCACGCAGACCUUUUACGAAGUGAACUUUGACGACGGGUCUUACAGCGAUAACCUGUACCCAGAGAGCAUCACGAGUAGAGACUGUGCCCGGCUGGGUCCCCCACCUGAGGGCGAGUUUGUUGAGCUCCGGUGGACUGAUGGCAACAUCUACAGGGCCAAGUUCAUUUCCUCUGUGACCAGUCACAUCUACCAGGUGGAGUUCGAGGAUGGGUCCCAGCUGACAGUGAAGCGUGGUGACAUCUUCACCCUGGACGAGGAGCUCCCCAAGAGGGUCCGGUCCCGGCUGUCGGUCACCACGGGGGCCCCGCAGGAAAAUGUCUUCUCGGGAGAAGAGGUGAAGGCCGCCAAGCGCCCGCGGGUGGGCACCCCUCGCGCCGCGGAGGACUCGGGGCGGAACCCGGACUACCCGGCCUUCAUGGAGAGCCUCCUGCAGGCGCAGUGCUGGCCCGGAGCCCCGUUCUAGGACAGCCGGCCGCCCGGCGACCCCUUGGCCCAGCAAGGCAGGCGCGGCGGGCCCAGGCAUUUGCUUGCUGUGAAUCCCUGUCCUCGCCUCCGUGGCCCAAGAGGCUACCUCGGCGACAGGAGCGAGCAGGACGCCACACGCGCCCCCGGACUCAGGGAGCAGGGCCACGUGGGCUCUGGGGGGCCGGCGGGGGCACGCGCCACCCCCUCAACCCAGAUUCGUAAACCACGUAAGCUCUUCUUCUCGAAAAGGUGCUACUGCAUUGCCUGCCUCCUGAGCAGCCUUUGAGAUUGUGACUUCUGUACAUAAAUCACCUUUGUGAGGUUCUUUCUAUAAAUACCUAUUGUUUAAAAAAAACGCAAGAAGAGAAGGAAAGAAACGGAAAAACAAGCCCCAAAGUUGUUUUCUAGAUUUGUGGCUUUAAAAACAACAAGACAAAAUGUCCUUUUUCUCAGAACCAAGAUUGCUGCGGGAGAUGAAGGCAGCUCGUCUUUUCGUUUGUUGUGUUUUCUGGUCUCGCUGGUCUGAGUGGCGGGGAUGCACUGUAGCUGCGGUGAGGCCUGGGGGCACCCAGGGAUCCCGGACGGUGGCGCCUGGUCACUCACUCUCUCCCAGUCGUGAGAUCGAGAAGGUCCAGGUGGCUGGCACCGCCGCCAGCGCCCAAUGGGAGGAGACCGGCAGCUCCCUGGGUGGCCUGCCCCUUGUCUGCGUGGCCUUUUGCAAAAUAAACGCUCUCUCCUCUGGUGGCUCCAUCUUUUGCUUCUUCCCCUCGGGAGACCCAUCCCCCAGCUGAGGCCUCGGGUGGGCGGUCCUCGGGGGGUCCGGCUACGGCCCAGGUGUGCAGGGGGUCUUCCCCGGAACCCGAGGGGCUGGCACAUCCUGUAUCCUCUCCGUGACGCGUGGAUUUGUGUGUCCAGGAGAGAGAGAGCGCGAGGGAAUCGUUUUCAGCUCAGAGGAAAUCUGCCUCGUAAGGGUUGUGGGUUGAGUUUCCAGGCAAAAACGUGCUUCUUAGCCCCCUGCCUCUCAGCUGCCCCGCUGUCCCCUGUAGGGGGAUUGAGGGCGUCAUUUGCUUGUAUAGAACUUUUUUUAAUUUAAAAAAAGAGGCUCUAACGGUUGCCAGGCCAGAGAGAACCAUGUAAGGGAAGUGGAGAGCAACUUCCUUGAUGGGGAGGGGGCAGGUGACCCGGAGGGGCGGGUGGGGCGGGAGGUGCCAGGGGAGUCGGCGGAAUGUCUGGGUUUCCUCUGCAUGCAGCAGCCCCUGCCCCAGGGCGCUGUCACUGUGUUCAUAUGUAGUUUGAAAAUGCUAUUUAUAUUGUAAAGAGAAUAAAAGGAAGCGGGCAGACGCCCCUGCGGCCCUGGGUUGGGCGGUGGGCCGGCCCCCGUGGCCGGUCCCUCUGGGUUGCUGCACCCCGUCCGUCGGUCGUGGGUUCCCAGACAACUCGUGCAGACAGGUGGUCUCACAGCAAAGGGGAACGCACACUUCCCCCACGAAGAUAACAUCCGUGUCUGUGUGCGAAAGCAAAAAACAAACCCACCCACCCUGGUUUUUUUCCCACCUGAGAUUAAGGAUGCGCGCUGUAUUUUUGCCUAAUUCCCCUGCCUCUAGGUUCAUAAUGAAUUAAAGGCUCGCGAGCACUGCGAAUUACA